AUUUCCGGUGGUCAGGACACUAUUGCUGGCACAUAAAGGAAAUUAGGCUGUGAUCACUUGCACCCAAGUAACUACCCAUGUUAUGUUCAGGGACCAAUUCCCGUUCGCCCCUCAGGACGAAGUCUGAUACCGAGCAACGCAAGGUCUGUUAUGGCCCAGCACGGGGACUUUUGAGAGCAACCACCCAUCACAAGCAAAGAUAUAUGCAUGCUGCUGUCCUGUGUGCACCUGAUUCGCCGACCUCUCCAGUGCAUCCAGCCUUUGCUUGUCUUGCCUUCACGCUCCUUCAUGGAUCUAAAAGCUCUAGUUUCCUCCUUGAAUGACUUUGCUUCACUCUCUCUGGCUGAAAGCUGGGACAAUGUAGGACUACUGGUAGAACCGAGCCCACCCCAUACUGUGAGCACACUCUUCCUAACUAAUGACCUUACAGAGGAAGUAAUGCAGGAGGCAUUGCAGAGGAAGGCAGAUCUUAUCCUCUCUUACCACCCACCCAUAUUCCGAGCACUCAAGCGCAUUACAUGGAAAACCUGGAAAGAGCGUCUUGUGAUCCAGGCUUUGGAACACAGAGUCGGCAUUUACUCUCCACACACAGCAUAUGAUGCCAUACCUCAUGGAGUCAAUAACUGGCUAGCCAAAGGACUUGGUGCCUGUACCACUGUCCCACUACACCCAUCAAUGGCUCCCAGCUACCCAACUGAGGGCACUCACCGGGUGGAAUUCAGUGUGGACCAUACUGAGCACCUGGAGACAAUCCUAUCUAGCAUGCGAGGGAUCCCAGAGAUUUCAUCUCUCAUUACUCUCCCUGCCAGGGCUGAAGGUGAGGAGCAGACACGAGUCAGUUUGAACUGCACCCAGAAGGCGCUGCUGGAGGUGGUGGCAUUAUUGUCACGGAACAGCCUUCUUUAUCACAAGACUGAAAUAAUGUUAUUACAGAAGCCUCUGCUUCCACAUACUGGAAUGGGACGCCUAUGCACGCUGAGUGAGCCAGUCUCCCUGUCAGCCUUGACUGAACGAAUCAAAAACCAUCUAAGGCUGCCUUACAUACGCCUGGCCCUGGGAAUGGGGAAGACGUUAGAAACCAAAGUGAAGGUGGCUGCUCUGUGUGCUGGCUCUGGGAGCAGCGUCCUGCAGGGUGUGGAAGCCGACCUCUAUCUCACUGGAGAGAUGUCCCACCAUGAAGUACUGGAUGCUGUUGCCAAAGGGAUAAGUGUGAUUCUGUGUGAGCACAGUAACACUGAGCGAGGCUUUCUGUCAGAGUUGCGAGAUAUGCUGGCUACACACUUAGAGAAUAAGAUCACUAUUGUUGUGUCAGAGAGAGACAGAGACCCUCUUCAGGUGAUAUAGAAGAAAGCAAGGGUCACAGCAUGGAGUCCAGAAUGUGUCCCCCACCACUGACUUAAUGCAAGUGCAAACUUGAUUAAGAUGCUCUGAACUAGUGCAGUCCAGAAUAACUGUACAAUACAUUCCCCAAAGUGUAGGAGAGGUAAAAAUCUAUCAGGUAAAGAAUGUUAAUUUUGGACUGACACACUAUUUCUUGAAGAUUACUUCUUGCUGCACUCAGUAGGGAUGGGAUCAUGAGAAUGUAACUAAGUAAUCCAGCAAGAACAAUAUAUAUUGAUGACAUCAAGCCUAUGUAUCUUUGUUUCAUAGCACCCCCCAGUACUAGAAUAUGUCCCUAAUUAUCAGUACAAGUGACUUAUGUUUUAGGGAGUGGAACUCCUGUUAACAUUGAUCAUUGAUUCUGAAUACUGCUAAUGUACAGCAAACUAUAUAAAAAAUGUGGAACAAGAUUUUGGCAUUUGGUACAAAUAUGGUAAUCCUUGGUGUUGCAUUAAGGUUCUUCCAUCACAAGAAUUGGGAAAUUCCAACUUGUUCCCUUAACCUCAUUAUAUAUAUCACUUUUAAUUUGUCAUCUUUAAAAAGCAGAUUUCUUCACCUAUGUGCCUAACACUGCAGGAUUACUUACAUUGAAAUAAUGUCUUUUCACCAUAAAUGUUGAUCACUUACUUUAUAGUUCAGUCAAACUUUGAAAAUGAAAGGAAACGCUUCAGGUUUCACACGUUUGGACUGUAGACAAGCAGGGAAAUAUUUAUAUUCAAACUAAAAAUGUUUCCAAGACUUUAAAUUAAAAUGGACACAUCCUUCUUUAGUGCAUGUAAGAGACUGGACUUACUAAAAAUAAUCUCUCUCAUGUUGGAGUUAAGUUGUUUGAGACAGUAAGGAACUGGAUCAGGAAGCAGUCAGGGGAGCAAAGGAGAAACAUAGCUGGGAGUGUUUUGGAGGUGCAUGAUGAUUUAUAGAUCUUCAACCUAGGAUCAACAGAUACCAUCUGAUUAGAAGAUUGUAUUCCUAAGCACUAAGAAAUGGAAUGUUUGGAGCAGUGUUGUUGUUUUUUUUAAAUACAUGUAGGUUCUGAUUGCAUGCUGGUUUGAGCCUUUAGCAUGCAGUUGCUUCAUGUUUUGAAGCUUAUCUCAGCAACUAUGAAGGCUAAAUACUUUUUUUAAAUGAAAAUUGAGCUUUCUUGUGCAAUCCUAUGUCCAGUAGUAGGGUUUUGAAUUAAACCCUAUCAUGAUGGCUGGUAAGAUAGAGAAUGAAUGCCUCCAGCCAGCACUGAGCCUCUCCUGCUGCCCUUGCUUUCUGUGCCAGGAAGCUGAGACUUAUGUUCAUUCCACUUCCCUGAAGAUGGAAACAGUUCUGGUUAAUAAGGGUCACUUAUUUUCACACUUUUAAAAGCGACCUUCCCAAGAAUUCUCUCACAUGGGAAUAGUGAAACAUGACUUUCUGAGCAGUGGAGUUGGAAUCUAAACACAGCUGGGUAUCCUGCUAAGCCAGAAUGAUUUUAAUGUCGUCAGAAAAUGGAGACUAGCUGCAUUAGUGCAGCAAAAGAUGGCCAUUGGCACUAGACUCUAAAAACCUGGCAGGGAGGGGUGAUGGGGACCAUAACCCUCUUCACAAGGCAGCAGAGGUGCCUACUGUACUUUCAGUGGAAAUCUCAGAGACUAAGCUUUCCCUGUGCAAUGUGCCUGCUUUCAAAACAAUGGCUGCAGGUGCUCCACUUGUAAUGCACCAUCCCUACCAUGGCCAGCGGCUUUACAGACCCAAUCGGGACCUUCCUCAUAGGUGAUUGUGUAUGACAACAUUCAAACUACUUUUGUCUGAGGAUCUGGAGAAGCUUCACUGACCUGGUCUAUAUACAAUUCCCUUUAAUAUUAAUUUCCUCUAGCCUAGACCUUGCACAAUCCAGUUCACUCUGCCUUGCCAGCCCACAUUGGUUAGAAGUCCAUUCUUGUUAUUAGGCCACUGUAGUUACCUGGGAGCAGCUCUGAGUACAUAGACUUGAGCAUACAUGUUAUGUGAGGGAUUUAGCCAGGAAUCUUCACUUAAAGAUAAGUGGAAGCAUGUGAUUAAAGAUUCUCUGCCAUCUAACCAAAGCACUCAUUUAAUCAUUAGUAAAAUGUUUUCUGAGGCUAAGCUAGAGCUUGUUUUUUUCUGAACUUUCUUUGGGUAAAUGAAAAAAUUAUUGCAUUAUGCAGUAUUGCAGCAGGCUCAGCUGCAUCAUAUAGACCAACACAAUUGACCAUAAUUGGAAUGCCAGCUGUGAUACUAAUUACAACUAACACAGUAAAUGCAUUAUGAUGUA